CCACCGCUCACCAUGCCCGCUCCGUCCGAGCCCUCGACGGCGCCGCUGAGCCGCGACGAGCUGCAGCGCGCCCUGGCACUGCCUGUGCUCGACGCCGCCGGCACGUCGGCGCCGCUGGCCUCGCACCUCGCCGCGGGCACGCCGACGCUGCUCGUGCUCGUGCGCCACCACCACUGCGGCAUGUGCAUCGAGUACUGCCGCACGCUCUGGGAGCAGCUGGCGCCCGCCACGCACGACGCGCAGCGCCCCAAGCUGCUCGUCGUCGGCCACGGCGAAGCCAGGGGCAUUGCCAGCUACAAGGAGCGCAGCGGCUGGCUCGGCGAGAUGGUCGUCGACCCGACGCGCAAGGUGUUUGGCGCGCUCGGCUGCGUGAGCGGGCUGCUCAACGCGCCCGAGAAGCAGCCGGCGUAUCUCGAGAAGCACAGCACCGCCAGCCUCGUGCUGCGCUCCGCGGGCCAGAUGCUGCGCUCCGGGCCGCUCGGCAUCUGGCGCGGCGGCGACAUCACGCAGCUCGGCGGCGAGUUCCUCGUUGAUGCAGACGGCAGUCCGGCAUACACGCACCGCAUGCGCAACACCGUCGACCACACCGAGGUGCCCGAGCUCGCCAAGCUGCUGGGUGUCGACGCGCAGCCCGCCGCAUAGCGGCCCGGGCCACGGCAAUGGCACAACGGGACAUCUAUGGCAUUCGCGGCGUGACGUAGAGAGAGCAGAAACCGAGACAGCACAGCACGGCGGCAGUAUGAGACCGCCGGCACCCAGCACACAACGCAUCCUCACAGCUUCUCGCCGACCUUGAGCGCCGUGCGGCCGCCCAUGAGCUCGGCGAGGCGCUUGAGGCCGUGCCACCACGCCGUCUUGCCGCGCCGGUUCUUCAUGUCGGCCUGCGCCGCCAUGUCCUUGGCGCCGACGAACUCGACGUCGCUGCCGCGGAUGGCGAUGAUGGCGGCCGUGGCGUCGCCGUACGCAGUGCUGUCCUUACGCAGCGCCAGGGCGUGCUGCGUCAGGAACUCGCAGCACUUGAUCGCCAGGCGCGUGGCGCGCGCGCGGUCCAGCGGCGAGGGCGUGCCGCCCU